CAAAAACAGACUCACGCAGGUCUCGCGUCUGCCCUGCCACCUGGGAAACACCAGAGUUCCCGCGCGAGAGCCCACGGGGCGCCCGUGCUGCGGCGUCCGCCCCCCUCCCGCCCGCGCGUGCGCAGUCCGCGGCCCGGACGCCCCGCCCGCCCCUGGAGCCGCUCCGUGGCGCCCCCGCCGGUGCGGCGCUCGCGGCCAUGGCGACGUCGGCGGAGGGCGCGGUGGCGAUCCUCGGCAGCGGACUCAUUGGACAAAGCUGGGCAAUGUUGUUUGCCGGCGGAGGCUUCCAGGUGAAACUCUACGAUAUUGAGCAACAACAGAUAACAAAUGCCCUUGAAAACAUCAGAAAGCAGAUGAAGUUGCUGGAGCAGUCGGGUUCCCUGAAAGGCACCCUGAGCGUCGAUCAGCAGCUGUCACUCAUCAGCGGCUGCUCUAACAUUGCAGAAGCAGUAGAGGGAGCCAUGCACAUUCAGGAAUGCGUUCCAGAAAACCUAGAGCUGAAGAAGAAGGUCUUUGCCCAGCUGGAUGGCAUUGUGGACGACAGAGCCAUCUUAAGCAGUUCAAGCUCUUGCCUCCUGCCUUCCAAACUCUUUGCUGGUUUGAUACACGUGAAACAGUGCAUCGUGGCUCAUCCAGUGAACCCACCGUAUUAUGUCCCGCUGGUGGAGCUGGUCCCUCACCCUGAGACGGCCCCGGCCACGAUAGACAGAACCCAUGUCCUCAUGAAGAAGAUCGGACAGUCCCCCGUGCGACUCCUGCGGGAGAUCGAUGGCUUCGUCCUGAACCGCUUGCAGUACGCGAUCAUCAGCGAGGCCUGGAGGCUGGUGGAGGAAGGAAUCGUGUCUCCCGGUGACCUGGACCUCGUCAUGUCCGACGGACUGGGCAUGCGCUACGCGUUCAUCGGGCCCCUGGAAACUAUGCACCUCAAUGCGGAAGGGAUGGCAAGCUACUGUGACAGAUACAGCGAAGGGAUGAAACGUGUCCUGAGGACUUUUGGACCCAUUCCAGAGUUUGCUGGGGCAACAGUUGAGAAAGUUAACCAGGCUAUGUGCAGGAAGGUCCCAGAUGACCCAGGGCACUUAGCUGCCAGAAGGCAGUGGAGGGACGACUGUCUCAUGAGACUGGCCAAGCUGAAGAGCCAGGUGCAGCCCCAGUAAUGCUGCCACCACGCCAGCCUUGAAGUCCUGCUCGGGAAAAUUGAAAAUACGUGAUUCAUGUCUCUUAGCAGACAGCACCCAUUAGUACAUGGCCUGAAGAUUCCAAGCCUUCCUCUCCUCCAUUCAACCACUGAGAUCCAGAGAUGCUGGGUCCCCUUUGUCAUGGGGGGCAUCGCCCUGGAUUUGGAUGUCAUAGCAGCACUUGGGUUUGAUUUCCGGCCACCUGGGAAAAUAGUCUAAAGAUUUUGUAUGAUUACAUAUGGCUACAUUGUAUAAUCAAUGAUUGUAGUAGCUUCCUGCUAUUUUAAUCAAUGGCAAAAAUAUUUUUGUAAUCAAAAAACUAUUUGUAAUCGAUUUUCUAAUCCCUUUCUGCGAAUUCUGUGGCUAUGCCUUUAUGAGGGAGUUACCUUCAUUGGGCUAACCCUUAUUCUGAAUAAACGUCUCAGAUACCAUAAA